CAAAAUACACAUUGGACUUGGGAUACAUACCCUACAUUCAUCUUUCUCUCUCACACUCUCUCUUUCUUUUUAGUUUAGGGUUCUCCAACAUUCUAAGCAGGAUAUCAUCUUCAUCUCUGCAAAUCUAAUCCAAUCGUUAAAUACCCACUUUCCAAUCCUCUUUGUUUCAUUGAAGGGGGGGGUGAAAAGGCAAAAGAAUUCAUCAUUGUUGUGUGCUUUGGGUGUAUAUGUAGAGCUCUGUUUCAUCCCCUGUUCAUGGCUGCUGCAGCUACUGCUUCCGAAACCUUUAAAAGAAAAGAGAGUGAUAAUAACAGUAACAACGAAGUUAGCAGGAAAGAGAUAGAGGCCGCCAUUGCCAAGGCCGUGGAGCUUAGAGCUUUACAUGCAGCUUUGAUGCUAGGGAGCAGCCCUGCAAAUCUCAAGUACCCAUCUUUUUCAUCCCCUGUUUCACGCCCUGCUUCUCACUUCUCUGCUCAGGACUACCCUGUUUUCACUCCUAGUUAUGAAGAUGAAGCACUAACUGGCUACCAUACAAAUAACCAAGUAUUAUCUGAAAGUGGCCCCGAAACUGUUUUAUCAGAUUACAAGGAGGAGAUUUGGGGUUCAAGGAAAGUAUUUUCUCCGGCUUUGCCUGCCUUCGAAUCUCAUAUAUGUCCCGCUGAUGAUCAUAAAUCAAUUCCCGAUUCUUGUGCAAACCACAUCACUCUCCUUCGAACAUCACCCGGAUCUACAUUUUACAAGUCCAGUAGGAGCAGGCGAAACAGUUUGGGGGAUUUCAAGUCUCUCUCAACUUGCAAUAGAUGCAAGCCCGCCGUUAUAACCACCGAUUCCGAUACCCUGGUUAGGAACAUCAAGAAUUCCAAUACGGUGGUGCCGCUCACCGACUCCCACUCCUCUGUUCAACCGCAGCCCAAGAACCGAGGGGUGAUUUCAUGGUUAUUCCCUAAGUUGAAGAAGAAACACAAGAACGAGAGUUCGCCAGCUCCAACAGAAUCCGAGGAAGUUUCGCAAAUAUUCAAGGACUUGGGCAUGUUGUCGAUUGAAAAACUGAAGAGAGAGCUGAUGGAAGCACAUGAGAAUAGGGAUGCUGCAUUGAUGGAAGUUGCUGAGAUGAGAUCUUCAUUAGGACAGCUUAACCAGAAGUUGGAGUAUCUAGAAACCUAUUGUGAAGAGCUGAAGAAAGCCUUGGGGCAAGCAACACAAACAAAGGAUUCUCAAAUCAACGAAAAGCUCGGGAAAGGGAAAUCCGUCAACCCGAUGCCAGUGGAUGAAGAGGUAAUGGUAGAGGGUUUCUUGCAGAUAGUAUCCGAAGCAAGAUUGUCAGUGAAACAGUUGUGCAAGGCACUUGUUGCACAAAUGGAAGAGAGUGAUACUACUUUAAUGGACAACUUGAAUUUGGUGCUUCAACCAUAUAAACUUUCAUUGAAUUCCAAGUACUCGAAGACGGUAUUAUACCAUUUGGAAGCAAUCAUAAACCAAUCAUUGUACCAAGAUUUUGAGAAUUGUGUGUUCCAGAAAAACGGGUCCCCAAAGCUGUUGGACCCUCAACAAGAUCGCCAAGCCCAGUUUUCCUCCUAUGUUGCACUUAGAAACCUCAGCUGGAAUGAAGUGGUGAGGAAAGGGACUAAAUAUUACAGUGAAGAAUUCAGUAAGUUCUGUGAUCAGAAGAUGAGUUUAAUCAUUUCAACGUUGAAUUGGACCAGACUCUGGCCUGAACAGCUGCUUCAAGCUUUCUUCGUUGCAGCUAAAUGCAUAUGGUUGCUUCAUUUACUAGCUUUCUCAUUCAGUCCACCAUUAGGGAUUUUAAGGGUUGAAGAAAAUACAACCUUUGAUCCACAGUACAUGGAAGAUAUGUUGAUGGAAAGGCAAAAGUCACAUGGAGGGAGUCGGGUUAAGAUAAUGGUAAUGCCAGGAUUCUAUGUUCAAGGAAGGGUUUUAAGGUGUAAGGUGAUAUGCAGAUAUAAAAUUGUAGCUUAACCAACUUUUGGUUCUUUUCUCAAUUGCUUCUUUUUCAAGGGCUUCGUGUAUCAAAAGUCUGUAACUACCAAAUACGUCUUAAUAAAUAAGGGUGCUAAUAGGCUUUGUUUU